GCUGUGGUUUGGCAACACAACCCGCACCUCUCUCUUUUCGUCUCUUGAAGGAAAAAAAAAACAAAAAAACAAAACCCAAUAGAGAGAAAAAGUACCUUGAGAAUAAAGGUAAUGAUUAAUCCAUCAGGCACAAAAAGGAUAAAAGGAUCUUUUUGGGAUUUCAAAGGUUUUACCUCGAUCACUCAAAUAAAUAGCAGUGAACAGGGAGUGACAAUUUCAGCAGAAGAGGAUCGAGUCACGGGCUAUAAUUGGGACAGUGUGGAGUCAAAUAAUCUCAUCAGAGAUCUCAAGGAAUUUAUGACCGGUUGUCAAAACUUCCUUUUACAUGUGUGAGUGAAGUAGGGACCAGAAGAAGCAGGUCCUGGUGGAAAGAGUGGUCCUCGGAGAAGCCUCACAAUGCAGCCGGAGAAAGGACGGAGGAGGAAAAGCUUCAAGCAGAGACUGGCGUUGAAGAGCAGUUUAGUGAAAGAAACACUCUCUGAGCUCCUGGGCACGUGUAUAAUGAUCGUCCUUGGAUGUGGCACUGUCGCCCAAGCUAUCCUCAGUAGAGGAAAUUUUGGAGGAUAUGUCACUGUAAAUGUUGGAUUUGCAAUGGCCGUCACAAUGGCCAUUUAUGUGACUGGAGGUGUCUCCGGUGGCCACAUCAACCCAGCUGUGUCUUUUGCACUGUGCCUCUUUGGACGGAUGAAAUGGUUCAAAUUGCCUUUUUAUGUGGGAGCCCAGUUCUUGGGAGCCUUCAUCGGGUCCGCAAUCCUCUAUGGGAUUUACUAUGAUGCGCUCAUGUCCUUUGCUGGGGGAAAACUGAUCAUCGAGGGAGAAAAUGCAACGGCACUUAUUUUUGCAACAUACCCAGCUCCGUAUCUGUCUCUGACGAAUGCAUUUGCAGACCAGGUCGUGGCCACCAUGUUCCUCCUCAUGCUCGUCUUUGCCAUCUUUGACUCCAAAAACGUGGGCAUUCCCAAAGGCCUAGAGCCCAUUGUCAUUGGCCUCCUGAUUAUUGUCAUUUCUUCCUCUUUGGGACUGAACAGUGGCUGUGCCAUGAAUCCAGCUCGAGACCUGAGUCCCAGACUUUUUACUGCCUUGGCAGGAUGGGGGUUCGAGGUCUUCACAGCUGGAAACAACUUCUGGUGGGUUCCUGUCGUGGGCCCUAUGGUUGGUGCUGUCAUUGGAGGCCUCAUCUAUAUCCUUAUCAUUGAAAUCCACCACCCAGACCUGGACCCAGACUUCGAGGGAGAACCACUGGAGGACAAACCAGAGAAACAUGAGCUCAGCGUGAUAAUGUAGUGGCGGCUCAGCUCUAGGUUUACCCCAGUGGCUGAGCUGACGUCCUAUUCAGGAAAGAUGGCAUCCAGGUGUCUGUGUUUUCCUAAGACUGGGGUGCAUCUGCCCACUGUUCUCUGCUAGCCAUGUGGGACACCUGAUUGAAAAAACAUCUGAAUGCAAUUUUGAAAACACUGACCUCUUCUCUACCAGUCCCUCCCCUACCCCCUAGUAUCCCUUAGUAUAGCAUGGACUGUCUCCUGAAACAGGCUUCUCUCUGCCCUGUUUAUUUCAUUCAUUCAUGUGAAUUUUUAUUGCUGGGUAAGCACUAAUAACUUGAAUUUUUGGGGGGGGCGGGUACAUGCCCCCAGCGGGAACCAAACCCAGGACUCUCCGGUCCACAGGCUGACGCUCCAACCGCUGAGCCAAACCGGCCAGGGCAUAACUUGAAAUUUUGACCAAGGGCUUAUUUGGAUGGUCUCAACUGCAUUAUCUGUAUGAAACAGUAUCACCAAAAGCCUUAUUUUCAAAUCCACAAAGGUUACAUUCUGAAUGUCAACCAAAACUAAAUUGAAAGACAAAACAGUGGUUUCAGUUAACAUAUCCAUGAGUUAGCAAACUAAAGGGUUAAAUCUCUAGGUUUGCCAUCCACUGUUAUUGUACAAACAUUGAUAUUCUCCAAGCCAGGGAUGUAGAGAGCAGUAGAAUGCAGUUGGAAAGCUAGGAGAAGGACACUGUGGCAUUCAGAAACCUCCGGAGACAAGAUAAAUUUGGGAAACCAAAUGGAAUUUUUUUAAUGGAAACCAUUUAUCAGAUAAAUCUCUUGCUCUUUGCAUUUUUAGAGGGCACCAAUUAAUUUUCUGGUCUUUAGUAUGUAAUAACCUAAAAUACAGUCAUAACCUCAGUCAUGAAAAAUACAUCACUCUGUAUUUUUAGCUCAAAUAUGUUUUCCUAAUUGCCCACUUGAGGACAGACAAGUUAUGUCAGUGACUGCACUCAUACACUAUUCUAUACAUGUCCUAGAAGCCCCCACGAAAAGCCAUUGGCUCCUGGUCUAGUAUAAUCUUCAGGAUGGAAGGUCCCUGAAAUAGCAUACCUAUUGGGCUUCACAGUAUACAAAGCACUUUCACAUAUAUUAUCUAAAUUAAUCCCUCAUAGAGACUGUCUGAGGUAAAUACCAUGCUGCCCAUUUUUCAGGUAAGGAAACAAUCCCAGGGAAGCGAGGUGAGUGGCCUAGGUCAGAUGGGAAGUCGAACAUGUCAUUUACCCUGCACCUUUUAGAAGAUCAAUAACUGGCUGAGAAUCUCGGCCAAACUUCACUGGCCAGUCAGAAGUGGGAUUGGCGGUGGCCAGAGUAUGUAUGUGUACCUUCUGGACAUAACUCUCCUGGGUCCUAAGAUAAAAGACCUUCAUUGCCUGGUUUUAUUUCCACUGCUCUGAAGCAUUAAAGGAGAGGUCACAAUUCGAUCACAUUUUUCAUCUGCUGAAAAACAUGAUCAGAAGACCUCCUUUCCUAGGCCACCGUUGGAAUUGCUCCAUCUUCCCUCCCUGCCAAUCUCAAACACUACGUUCAGGACACUUCCUCUUGGUCAGGCUUGUCCCUUUAAAAGCUUCUACCUGAUGUUCUUUGGUCAAAAGAGUCCGAGUUACACCAGAGAGAUUGCUCUACAUCAAGUGACACACCUUCAGUCAAACCGUUAAAAAUCCCAAAAUUUCCAGAGGGACGCAACUUCCCACUUGCUCUGUGAUAAUGGAAAGCAAAAAGCAAAUGUGAAAUUUCUCCAGUGGCCUGUGUUCUAUAACCUUCUGACAUGGGAUUAUUCUCUUGCUCUGAAACUACUUGGAUAUUUUCUACUUGAAAUAAAACUGUUUUUGUUUUGUUCUGCGUUUUCAUAAGUAUUGAGAUUAUUAAGGACAUUUAGUUCAGAGAUGGUCUGUCUUGUCUACAGACUGAGAUCUGAGGAGCUCUUGGAAAAUGGUGCUGCCCAGCUGGUCAUUCGUAAUGUUGGGUGACUCUCCUGUGCAGCCGGGGUUUGAGCAGGUCGACUUGGUAAAUUACGUGGUCUAAGGUUUCUUUCAGAAACAAGUCGGGGGAGGGGAGCAGGUAAUUCCCGGCAGAAGUCUCAGCCCUGGGAUCCUUGUGGGUUAGAAAGCAGUUUUGCUCCUUCUCACUCGCACCCACCAUUCUGGCAAAGGGGACAGUUGCUCGGGCCUGGAGACGUUUUUUGGUUGUCAAGACUGGGGGAGGGGUGCUGCCAGCAUUUGGUGGGUACAGGUCAGCGAUGCUGCC